AGUCGAACGCUCCGCUGGGGCCGCGCGAGCCCUGUCUUUUCUAAAGGCUCCCAAAAGCGGAGCGGUGGGGCUAUGCCGCCGGCUUUGGGGGCUGCGUACGCCGCAGGCGCUGGCCUGCUGGGGGCGCUGGCAGCCUGCUCAGCCAAGCUGGCCUUGGGCGCUGAUUAUUUACGGGCCGCCUGCGACGCUGUCCUCGGGGGAGAGGAGGCCGCCGUGGAAGCCUGCGCCUGGGUACCCAUGAUACUUCGAGUAACUUGUGGUGGUCUAGUGUUUGUGUGCAAUGCCAUAAUGUGGACGUUCUUUGCUAAAGCUUUAAGGUAUUCCUCCUCCUCAGCUACAGUAACUGUGACAUCAACAGCAUCCAACUUCAUCUUUUCAGCCUUUUUUGGAAGGUUGUUGUUUGGAGAAAUGCAUGCCCUGUUAUGGUGGGUCGGAAUAUCCAUUUCCCUCCUUGGACUUCUGUUGCUUCACACCGCACCAUCUCUACAAAAACAGCAAGUCUAUGUGAAGGAGAAAAAGAAAUAGAAUUCAACAGGCUUUUAAUUCAUAACACAGGGAAGGAAUAAACAAACAAAACAGGACUCCACAUUUGAUGGAAAUACAGUAUUGUCAUGAAUGUCCUUAUAGCAGAUAUUGUUGUGCUGGAUAUUCGAGAUACUUCGGUUACACUGAACUCCAGCACACAGGACCAUAAAUAGAAUUUUGGAAAAGAGGACAGCCUCUUGACACCUGAGGAUAUUUAGUGAAUAGUUACCACACAAUUUACCAUGACCAAAUCAAGUCAAGUUUAUUAUAGCCCUAAAGCCAGAUACGCAGCCUCGUGUGGCGCAGAGUGGUAGGUGGCAGUAUUGCAACUGAAACUCUCCCCAUGACCCAAGUUCAAUCCCAGCGGAAGCUGGAUUCUCUCUUGGGUAGCCGGCUCAGGUUGACUCAGCCUUCCAUCCUUCCGAGGUUGGUAAAAUGAGUACCCAGCUUGCUGGGGAAGGUGACGACUGGGGAAGGCAAUGGCAAACCACCCCGCUAUAGUCUGCCAAGAAAGUGUCGUGAAAGCAGUAUCCCCCCAUAGGAUCAAACAUGACUCGGUGCUUGCACAGGGGACCUUCCACCUUUCACACAAAGCCAGAUACAAUCAAGAUAUCUAGUAAUAAUAGUAAUAUAUAUAAGAGAAAAACAAUAAUAGAAUCUAAAAUUAAGAAUAAAUACUAAAAUAAAUCAAAAUAAAAUACUAUUUUAAGAAAUUCUAAACCUAAGUAAUGGCAUAUUGUGCAGAUGGUAGGACAAAACUGGGCAACUUGGGAGGAUAUUUUUGAGUCCUUGUCUGAAAGAAGUAGCAUUAAAUAGAAAUCACCCUCCCUGGAAAUUUCAAAAUUGGAUAUACAGGGGUCUGUCUAGAGUCCCUUAUAGGGAACAGUAUAGUAACAUAUGGCUUAGGUUUUCUAUUGAGCCAUCACCACAUGGACAUAACCAAAGGUUCUUAGGGGUACCCUUAGAAGGUCCAAAAAGGACUGCUGAGGGCAGUGUGUCUAGCCUGGCUAAGGUGAAAGCCUUGCGAAAUUUCAAAAUUGUAAUGGUUGAUAAAUAGGCUGGAACGAAUGGAAGAAAAUGACAAAUACUGGGGUAUAGCACUUUACUUAAAUUUGUUUGGAGAUCAGUAUAUCCCAGAUUUAUUGUUUAAGGGCAGUUCUAGCAUUAUCAAAUCCUAAGGAGCACAGACUUUCCAUACAGAAGCCCAGCAAUUGAAUUUUAUCUAAGGCUUUUUUUAGCCAUGGUGAUUUAAAACAAUCUCUAAAUACCAAUGGGGUUAAACCUAUAGGAAAAAGAAUUAACUUUAGCCAAAAGGUAAGAAGAAACCAUGCUCCCAGUGAAAUUAUACCUAUUUCUUCCAGUAGGAUGGCAUUUUUGAUACUUUUUGGUACCAUCAAUAUGGCUGUAAUAAAUUUCUUUUGAAUGGUUUCAGUAAUACUAAGCUUUGCAAGGGAGCAAAUUUGGGAGCCAUAGAGAAGCUGAGAAACUACCCUAGCUUGAAAGACCUUACAAGCUGCAGGGAUAUAAUGGGCUCCUUUUGAAUGGUAGAAUCUUGCUGAUGAGGUAUGCUGUGCAACACUUGCCUGGUAAAAAAAAUGAGCAUUGCAGGAUAUAAGGAAGCAUGGAACUGCACUCCAAGUUAUUCAUAGGUCCGCAUCUGUUCAGUUGGAGUCCCAUUUGUUUGCCAUUUGCGAAUUUUAUGGCAGUGUCGGGCAAAUACUAAGACUUCAGUUUUCUGAUAAUUUAUUGAUAGUUCUUGGUCUGUGCAAAAUAAAGCUAGUGCCCUAAGUGCUUUUCUCAUUCCCACCUGUGAAGUAGACAUAAUGACUAUAUCAUUGGCAUAUAGUAGUGCUGGAAUUGCAUGAUCAGCCAAAAUAGGUGGAUGAUGGGCUGAAACAGCAAGCUCUUGAAUUAUUGGGUUUAGAUACAAAUUGAAAAGUAAUGGAGCUAAUAUGCAACCUUGUCUUACACCUCUAUAAGUUGGGAUUGCUUUAGAUAAAUGUCCCCAAGGGGUACAUCUAAUUUUCAGGGAGGUGUUUGAAUAAAGUGACUGAAUAAGUGCAAGCAGUCUUUUGUCAAUUGUGGAAUGUCUCAGACUAUCCCACAAUCUCUGCCUUGGUAUUACAUCAAAAGCUGACUUAAAAUCAACGAAUGUCAUGUUCACUGUUUCAAUGUGCACUGUACAUCGUAACGUUUCACAUGCCAUGGCGCUGACGCGCAUUUCUGUUUGGGAGGGAGCUGCUGUGAAACCUUGUGCCAAGCUCUGUAUCUGUGCUCAUUACAAUGGAAUGUGUUUGGGUUAUGUGCUCUGCUCAAGGACUUUUCCCACGGACCAUCAGAAGCCGUUAGGAGCACCUGGGAUUGUGAGCCUGGGAAGAUUCUACAGGGAGAGGGAUCUCAUUUGUACCGAGGGUUUUUAGUUUGCAUUUGGCACGCUUUUUCCAUUCUCAGCUUUCUUUGUGAUCCUGCACACUAUUCUUUAAUAAAUCAGAUAUCUUUGUGAUCCUGCUCAUGAGUCUGAUGAUGUUUUAGAAUAGGCAAUCCUUACAACGAAGCUUGCAAAAAGGGAACCACAAGGGGGAUAGAAUAUUUUUCUGCCAAAUGGUGAAGAACCAAACAAUGAUCUAGUGUUGAAUGUUCCUCUCUAAAUCCAGCCUGUUCUUCAGCAAUAAUAUUUUCAUUUUGUACCCAAUCCACUAACUUUAAAUGUAAAAAUCUGGCAUAACAUUUAUUUAUUGUGUUUAAUAAACUAAUAGGCCUAUAAUUUGUAGGGUCGAGUCUAUUUCCUUUAUUCUUGUAUAUUGGUACAACAAUAUCCUGAUUCCAGUCAGAUGGAAAUUGUCCUGUAUUAUUGAUGUGUGUGAAUAAGGUGGCCAAAAUUGGGGCCCACCAGUCUUUAUUUUCCCUUAUUCUGGGGGAAUAAAAUCACCUCCAGAUGCUUUACCUGGUUUUAAUUGGGCAGUAAGAUCUUUAACUUCAGCUAUGGAUACUGCAGGCCAGUCCGGGAGGUUGUUACAAGAGGGAAUCACAUCUGAGAUUACCGCAGAUUCCAUUUUAAAGCUGUUAUAGAAAUGAUCGUCCCAUUUAUCUGUAGAUAUUUGUGUAAUAGGGCCAAAACUGUAAUCUGUAAGGGACUGAUUUAUUAAAUGCCAGAACCAAGUAGAAUUCUUGAGCUUUGCUGCUAAAAUUAAACUCUGCCAAUUCUCUCUUA